UCUAGGCUAGUAAGAAUACAAUCGAAAUCUGCAAAAAUAUCACUUAGCAAAAUUCAGGUGUGUACAGUUCUCCAGUCGUGUCAUCCUUGUCUUGAGAUAACCAACGUAUUUUUAUUUUUGAAGAGGAUUUGUAUAUAUUCUGUACAGCUUGACAAAUAUGGCUUAUCGUGUUUCCAGUUCAGCGUCAUCCAGUUUUUCGCUGUUGAUGAGAAGACAAGGAGAUAGAGACGUUGUCAAAACAACAUGUAGCGAGAAGAAAAACAUCGAUAUCCAAGUAGCACGUUUUGAUUAUGCCACAAGCUGUGCUUUUAGAGCAGUGGAACACCCCGAGUUUAAGCGGCUAAUGGAAAUGUUGCGUCCAGGAUGUAAAUUAUAUUCAAGAAGGUUGAGCUGCUGAUGAAGAAACAUGGUUUCCUGUUGAAGACGAAUCCACCUUAGUCGGUGCUGAACUGACUUCGCUGGUUCCAUUUGCUUGUGGCUUCCCUACAUCUGUAGAUGGAACUGGAGUAUUGGACAACGCUCCAGUAGUAACAGCACUUGAGUGUUGCUGUGAGGUUGGAGGUAAAGCCUGGCUCACUGGAGGCAGAUUUGUUUGCUGAAAAACAUCGCAUUUGUGCGAGAUAUUUUCGGAAUUUUUUUCAUAAUCAAGUUUGCUGGAUGUCUCUUAGUAUGAAUCAGGUGCGGGUUAAACACUUAUUUCAACAAACGAAAUAUUGUUUUAUUCGUCCGAGACAAUUUUGGUUUUUGGCAACAUUCUACACAAAAAAGUCCUUACUAAAAUUGACAAUUUUCCAGACAUAAGCGAUUAAGAAAAAAUCUGAAAAUUGAUAUUUUCAAUCCUUAAAAAGCCU